CAAUCACAGCUUCAUCACACACACACACACUCAGCCCGAGCCUCAUCCUCCGGAUCCUUUAUUUCCACUAAACACAGCAGACUUUUACCUAUGGGCGUCUUCUUCUCUAACCUUUUCUCGCGUCUCUUCGAGAAAAAAGAGAUGAGGUUGCUUAUGGUUGGUCUGGAUGCAGCAGGGAAAACAACAGUGCUCUACAAACUCAAACUCGGUGAAGUUGUCACAACCAUUCCAACUCUAGGUUUUAACGUGGAGACGGUUGAAUAUAGAAACAUCUCCUUCACCGUGUGGGACGUCGGUGGUCAGGACGUUAUCAGACGCCUCUGGAGACAUUACUAUCAGAACACUAAGGGCCUGAUCUUUGUGGUGGACAGCAGUGAUCAUGACCGGAUUGAAACAGCAGCAGAGGAACUAAAGGCGAUGCUGGCGGAGGACGAGAUGAGAGACGCGGUUCUGUUAGUUCUUGCUAACAAGCAGGAUUUACCCAAAGCCAUGCCGGUCCACGAGCUGACAGACAGACUGGGUUUACACACACUGAGAGGACGACAGUGGUUUGUUCAGGCCACAUGUGCGGUUCAAGGGUCAGGUUUAUAUGAAGGACUGGACUGGCUCUCAGAUCAACUGUCCAGACGAUAAAACACUGCAGCAUUCAGACUACUUGAAGAAAGGACACUAAAUCAGAACUGAAUGUAUAUAUUAUCUCCAACUUUAUUUUGAAAUAUUUAUGGAAUAAUAUUCUUCUACAUCUUCAUGUAUAAUUCUAUCUCAGUACUUCCGGUUAAAUUUUAUAUACAUUUUUAAUAUAUAUUUAUAUAUAACAAUGUUCGGUCGGUUUUUGGUUCUAGUGUACGUGUCUGAUUACAAU